GGAAGGGUCUGGGAUGGGUAGGGAGAGGUGCCAGGGUGUGAGCCAGCUCAGUCCUGUGCCCCCUAGGCCUGGUGAGAGCCUCUGGGUCUGGUGAGCUCUGUGUCCCCUAGGGGGGCAUUGAUUGGCCAGCACCCAGUGCGGCCACAGAUGGCAGUGUCUCUGGGGACAGCAGUUGCGACUGAGUCCACGGGCUGCUGCUGAGUUCCUCAGGCCGAGGUUUGGUGCAGAGUUCUGGGAACAGACGUCUGCAGGGUCUGAGCCCAGCCGGCGUGAUGCCACACUUCUUGGACUGGUUCGUUCCGGUCUACCUGGUCAUCUCUGUCCUCAUCCUGGUGGGCUUCGGCGCCUGCAUCUACUACUUUGAGCCGGGCCUGCAGGAGGCUCACAAGUGGCGCAUGCAGCGCCCGCUGGUGGACCGCAAUCUCCACAAGACGCUGAUGGUUCAUGACAAUCUGGCCUUCGGGGGCCCAGAAGUCUGAAGACCAGCGCUGUGGGAGUCUGGCUUCUGAUGUUCUCUCCCUCCGCUUCCUCCCUACCCUGCCUGGAGACCCUGAAUGAUCUGCCUGGAUCCUCCCUGCACAGGCCCCUGGGUGCUCCAGGAGCUGUGAGCUGUGCAGAGAUGGGGUCACGUCUGCUGACCUUUGACUUGCUGUCCACAUCCAGCCAGCUCACCCCAGCCUGUCCUCCCAGCUCUGAGGACACCCCCCUGCACCCCCAGUGCCUUUGUGUUGCCCAGCAACUGCCCCUCCACCUACUCGGAGCCCCACUUCCAUGCUGAACCCUGUACCUUCACUUGGGGGGUACUCCAAAGCUGACUGAAGAAAAGGGGCCCCCUUUGCAGGGGUGCCCAGCUCGGUCAGGCCACACAAACACUGCUCUAUGUGGCGAGUGGAGAGGUGUGUCUGUGUGGUGAGAGAGACACCCUGGAGGGGAGGGAUGCUCACAUGAGUCAGGGGAAUAGUAGGGAUCUUCAAACAUAAGAGGUGCUGGGGAUGGCAUGCCAGCUGUCUUCCUCAGCCCCUGCCCUCUGCUCUCCUGUCUUCCCCUCAAGACUGAGGGAGCGGGCAGAGCCUCUGACCCCCACCCCAAUUCCCCUCCUGGUCCUCCUUGCAUUUCCAGGGCUGUCCCUAGCCGACCCCCCAGCCAAGGCCUCAGGCUCCAGGCCCAGCCUGGAGGGCCC